AUGGCAUCGAUCAACACAACCUAUCGACUAAAGUCACCUCCUGAGCCACUCAAGGAGAUGAUCCGUCGGGGUGUUCCAGCAGAGUUUCGCUCCACAGUCUGGAUGCGAUGUAGUGGAGCCUAUCUCAGACUGGCAAGCAAUCCCGAUGAAUACUACACCAUACUAAAAGUGUACAAUGGCAAGAGUUCUGUGGCCACCAAACAGAUCAAGAUGGACAUCAGACGUACAUUUCCCGAGCACAAGUACCUCAACUCACCAAAGUACAUGGAACAAUUAUCCAACGUCUUGACAGCAUAUUCAUGGAGGAAUCCCACUGUUGGCUAUUGCCAAAGUAUGAACUUCCUCGCUGGAUACCUCUUGAUACACAUGAGUGAACAUGAAGCCUAUUGGACCUUGGUAUCAAUUGUUGAAGACAUCCUACCACAAGAGUACUUCACAACUACUAUGAUCGAUCUAUCUGUGGAUGUCCGCUUUGUAUUUCCAGACCUGAUGGCAAAGAAGUUGCCAAGACUCAACAAACACUUUACCAAGAAUGGACUAUCACUACCAUUGCUAAUGACUCAAUGGUUCCUUUGUAUAUUUGCAACAACUACACCAACAGAGACAACUUUUAGAAUAUGGGAUGUAUUCUUUAGUGAAGGAUCAAAGGUCUUGUUCAGGUUUGCCCUGGCAAUGCUAAAGAUCAACGAAGAAGAGCUAAUGUCCUGUCAAGACUACAACGACUUGUAUAGUUUAAUUAAGAAAAUACCAUCAAAGAUGUAUGACGCAGAUCAUUUGAUGGAGGUUGCUUUCCAGAAGCUUGGAUCAAUGCCAAUGAAGACUAUAGAUCAGAAGCGAACUGAUUGUAGAGUGAUUGCAAUGGAUGAGUAUGUCAAACAUCAAUCAGCAAGGAAUGGCCUCAAGCGACAAUCCCAACACAUAACCAAGUCCGAGCUCAAGUCUGGGACCAAGCGAUGGUCAAGUCAAUUGAUCUUCAAGGAGGUAUAG